AUGAGGAGUGAGAUGUGUGAAGAAGUGAUUAGGCCACAACAGAUAACUGCGGAAAGCUUGACUGAGGAAAAGCAGCAAGAACAAGAAUUGAUGGCACGUCUUGCGUCUAAUGGAAGAAUGCCUCCGAAGCCUAAAAGUGUAUUUUUGCAGAAGAAACUGCAGCAUCAUAGAAAAUUCUUUGAUUCGGGUGAUUAUGCAAUGAACAAAGAUAAAGCGAAGAGCCCAGGAUCUAACUUAGUGAGCAGUGCACUUCCCAUCCACAUUUCUGCAGAACCAGCAGUACCCACGACUCCGGUUAUUGUCUUCCAGGUCGCACCGACAGCAGAGCUUAAUGUAGAGAUUGCAGCUCACGACGAGUCAUUACAAAUUCCUCGUCCAGAUAAUGUUCCACAACGUAAGUCAUCUAUUAUUUAUCCAUCUGUACAUAGUAAAUUGAGCCCGCAACCGCAUAUUCACCAUGAGAAGCAUGACGAAGUUUUACCUGAGCCAUGA